AUGGCCGAUCAGUUAGCAAGGGCAGAGGAUUUCGAGAAGAAAGCUGAGAAGAAGCUCAGCGGUUGGGGCUUAUUCGGUUCAAAAUUCGAAGAUGCCGCCGAUCUCUUCGAUAAAGCCGCCAAUUCGUUCAAACUCGCUAAAUCAUGGGACAAAGCGGGAUCUACAUACGUUAAGUUGGCGAAUUGUCAUUUGAAGUUGGAAAGCAAGCACGAGGCUUCACAGGCUUAUGUUGAUGCUGCACAUUGCUAUAAAAAGACUAAUAUAAGUGAGGCUGUAUCAUGCUUAGACCAUGCUGUGAAUCUUUUGUGUGAUAUUGGCCGGCUCUCUAUGGCGGCUAGAUAUUUGAAGGAAAUUGCAGAGUUGUAUGAAUCCGAACAAAAUAUUGAGCAGGCUGUUGUUUACUAUGAAAAGUCAGCUGAUUUUUAUCAAAGUGAAGAGGUGACAACUUCUGCAAAUCAGUGCAAGCAGAAAGUGGCCCAAUUCGCUGCUCAGCUGGAACAAUAUCAGAAGUCGAUUGAGAUUUAUGAAGAGAUCGCACGCCAAUCUCUAAAUAAUAAUUUGCUGAAAUAUGGAGUUAAAGGCCAUCUUCUUAAUGCUGGCCUUUGCCAACUGUGCAAAGGGGAUGUUGUUGCCAUAAACAAUGCAUUAGAAAAAUACCAGGAAUUAGAUCCAACAUUUUCAGGAACACGUGAAUAUAGGUUAUUGGCGGAUGUUGCUGCGGCAGUUGAUGAAGAGGAUGUUGGAAAGUUUACUGAUGUUGUCAAGGAAUUUGAUAGCAUGACUCCUCUGGAUUCUUGGAAGACAACCCUUCUUUUAAGGGUGAAGGAAAAGCUGAAAGCCAAAGAACUUGAAGAGGAUGAUCUUACAUAA